CGCUAUCUCUCCGUCGCCGGCCAUAUCCUCCAACGAACUUAACCUCUACGCCACCGCCGCCGAUGAUGCUUCUCACCUCCCCACCUCUCCACACUCACAUCUCCCCUUCCAGCCUCAACUCCACAACCUCCAGCACAAACACCUCCGCCGCACUCGCCGGUAACCUCCUCUUAUGUUCCGCUGCGAACUCUCACAAACUUCCCACUGCCGCCGGCACCGCCGCGUCCUCCCUCCGAACAACAACACUCUCCUCCUCUCCUUUCUCCUCCACUUCCACUUCCUCGCCGGCAAGCUACCUCCAUCACGUGACGCAAUCGCCUUCUCCCGAUGAUCGCCGAGAACCGGAGGAGGAGGCGGAGAUGCUUCCGUCCGCCUCCGCAAUCGUCUCGGCCAUUCGGCGGGGCUCCACUUCGGCGGUGGAGUUCGAGCAGCGGAUUGAGAAGGACCAGAAGAGCAAAUCGCUACUCCCGAGCGCUGAUUUUCACAGGCUCUGUGUCGAACAGCUGGAUCUCUUUCGGAGAAUCGUUCAUCCAGAAUCCGUGCUCUCGGUGUAUGUGAGACCAGCUGGGAGCUACGUGAUGGACCAAUUGGAGUUGCGGCGGGUAGCUUCUCUUCCAAGAACAGAUUCUGACGACGAGAUUGUUGUGUUGAUUGGAAAUUUCCGCGUUGCAACUGGAUUGCGAGCUGCUGAAGCUGCACUCACUCGCAGGCAGAUAGAAUGCGUAGCUGAACCCAGCGCCGUGGUGUUUCCAAUGGUGAAACAUCCCUUUGUUGUUGGGUUCUUGGUGGCUGAGCUGCCAAAAAUGGAGAUGGGAGGGACAUCUGGUGUGCAAGGUGAAGGGGGAGACUUGCUGCAUUUGCCCUCUCUGGAGAAAGCUUAUCAAGCUUCUUCAGUAGUAGAUGAACCAUGGUCUAGGAGUGAUGAUGACAAUGACAAUGAGCUGCAUUCUAGCAUUCACAGGUUUCUUCCUGCUGACCAGAGAUUGAAUGCGAUCAAUAUCUCUCGCUCUCUGGCUAUGGCCUAUGUUAUGGAUCAGAAAGCAAUGCUGCUACAGCACUCCUCAUGGCAAAAUAAUGUUAGAAUGAGUAGCCUGGUUGAGCAGAUUCGUGGAUCACUUUCUAGCAUUCGAACAUUAAGUAAAAUGUUGACUGUUCAUGUAAAGAAAACUGAGAUUCCUUAUGACAUAGUAGAAGACAUACUUGCACAGGGUGAUAACAUGAGAGAUACUCUUCAAGAACUCCAGGAUGCCGUUCACAUGACAAAGGCCAAUAUAAUGAGGUAUAACGAAGAAUCCUUAAAAAGGAUCAGCACUUCAACAAAUACAAGUCCCGAACGAGCAAGUUCUCAACUACCACAGAACCUACUAAGAGAUAAAGGCAGCAAGUUGCAAAAUUCAGGUGAUCCUCUUAAGUUUAGUGCCAAUGACGUGGAGAUGCCCAUGCCACCGCUCUGUCUUGCACCUUUAGACACAGUUGGGAUAAGACCAUGCAUUGUAUCCGAGGUACUCUCCGACAUGGUUGAAGCAGUGAAACCUCUAGCCCAUAUACAGCAACGCAUUGUGGAAUUGGCGGAUCUCUCCACCUCACUGCAAGUUGCAGUGGAAGAACCAGCUUUGCGGCAGGCUCUUAGCAACUUAAUCGAAGGAGCUCUAUUACGCAGUCAAGCUGGGGGCAGGGUGGAAAUCGUAUCAACUGGGGCACCUGGAGGCGGGGUUCUUGUGGUGAUUGAUGAUGACGGCCCAGAUAUGCACUAUAUGACCCAGAUGCAUUCUCUGACACCUUUUGGGGCAGAGUUGUUCUCGGAUGACAUGGUUGAAGACAACAUGACAUGGAACUUCAUCGCCGGCCUGAGUGUUGCACGAGAGAUCCUGGAGGUUUAUGGCUGUGUGGUGCGUGUGAUCGCACCUAGAUCCACAGAUGCAACCCUGGGCAGUGGAGGAACCAGGGUAGAACUCUGGCUCCCUUCUCUUUCAGAGAAUCCGAACUGAAAAUGUGUCAUACGCCAACCACUUCACUAGUCCAUAAAACGUUCUCUAAGAGGGGAGGUAUUCUGCUCUUUAGUGUACAUAUUAUUCCUGCACAAGUUCAUGUAUCUCAUUCCACUGACCAAGAACACAACCAAAGGGAAGGGAACCGAACCGAACAAAACCAUUGGGGAAACCAUUCCUGGCGUUGCAAGCCAAAUUGAGGCAUUCUCACUAGUUCUCCUUCAAUCUUCAUGUAUGUGUAUAUACCAGAACCCAAUGUUCAAAUUCUGUGUAAAGAGGGAACAAGUGUCUCUUUGAUUUGGAGACUGAUGACAUUAUCAUGUAGAGUUGGUGAUGAGUGGAUAACCAAUGUAAAAGAUUUACGACAUUGAAAGAUCACCAACAGGCUUUGCUUAUAUUGGUUGAGGUGUAACUGUGUAAUGCACUGCAACCAGAGCAGACCAUAGACCAAGAGGAAGCUCGCAUAUGAAGCACUAUUUGCUCACAUUUACUUUUCCACAAUCGUCUUGCUGAGAAUUUUGAUUCUCCUUAGAUAGAUGUGAAAGGAAACAUAUUGCAGAAGGGAAAAUAGGAAGCUGGAAGUGGUGGAAUAUAGUGGUGUUAGUAAAUAAUAUAAGAUUUUUUUAUUA